AUGUCAGGACGAGGUAAAGGCAAGGGAAAGAGCACCAAACAAAGGUCUAGGUCUUCAAGAGCUGGUUUGCAGUUUCCAGUGAGCCGUGUUAGCCGCUUUCUCCGUAGAGGAAACUAUGGCAACCGCAUUGGAGCCGGCGCACCUGUUUACUUGGCCGCCGUGAUGGAAUAUCUCACAGCAGAAGUUUUGGAGUUGGCCGGGAACGCCGCUAGAGACAACAAGCGCAGCAGAAUUAUUCCUCGCCAUAUUCAGCUCGCCGUACGUAACGAUGAGGAAUUGAAUCGCCUAUUUGGAAAUGUGACUGUCUCCCAAGGAGGGGUUCUUCCCAACAUCCAAGCUGUUCUUCUCCCCAAGCGAAGCAAGAAAUAA